UUACUCCACUCAUUUCUCCUGAAGGAUGAGAUCCCUGAAACACCUCAAACAUCACUCCAGGAACAAUGUGGAGGAGGAGAGCAGCCGCUUGGUGCGGAGCUACCCCAAGAUGACUGAGGGACAAGUGGAUGUGGGAACGCAGACAGAACCUGUGGUGGUGCUAUCUCUAGCUCAGGCAGCCGUUCUUGGCCUCAUCUCCCAGAAUGAAAUCUUUGGGGCCACUAUUGCUCCUAAUGGCUUUUACACUGGGGAGCCCAGAGAGUGUCCUCCUCCUCCACCUGAGGCAAUGGAGUAUGAAUAUGCUGACCCGCUGAUAGGGGCCAAUGGGGACUACCUGGCUGAGCCUGCUGGGGAGCCAGAGCCCCAGCCUCAAUGCAGUGAAAGAAGACGGCCUGGGCCCCGUGGUAGGACCAAAAGGCCCAGGACCAAUGGAGAAUUAGAGGGCCACCCACAAAAAUUACCAGGUCCACACACUCAGGUUAAAGGUGAGAGACUUGAGUCUGACAUGCCUCCUUCCUGCAUUCACAUGAACAGCAGGCCUAGUCCUGGCAUGGCAGAGGAUCCAGUCACCCAACAAGGAUCUCUGAAAGAAGAGCAGUCCUGUGGAAACUGUUCUUCUUGUGUGAGAGAUACACCCAGGCAACAAACAGAUGGACAACCAGAACAGGAACAAAAAGAAACCAUUGGUAGAGAAAGAGAGAGGAAGGAGGAGGAGUUAGUGGUGGAGGAAGAAGAGGAGGAGGCACUAAACCUCAAGACAAGUGGAGAGACUGGCAGUCCUCUAGAGAACCGCUACUAUGAGUCCAGUGAGGUUGCCUAUGAGUCCGCUGACAUGUCCCUGCCAGGAGAGCAAGAGGAGAACGGCCAGGCCAUGCUGUGGUCAGACCCAGAGGGCCUUGCCAGGCGAAUGCAGAUUGACCGGCUGGAUAUCAACGUACAGAUCGAUGAGUCUUACUGCGUAGAUGUUGGAGAGGGUCUGAAACGCUGGAAGUGUCGCAUGUGUGAGAAGUCAUACACAUCAAAAUAUAACCUUGUCACUCAUAUUCUGGGCCAUAAUGGAAUCAAGCCCCAUGAAUGUCUACACUGUGGAAAACUCUUCAAGCAGCCGAGCCACCUCCAGACUCAUUUGCUCACCCACCAGGGAACCCGACCUCACAAGUGCACUGUUUGUGAGAAGGCCUUCACACAAACCAGCCACCUGAAGAGGCACAUGCUGCAGCAUUCAGAUGUUAAGCCCUACAGCUGCCGCUUCUGUGGCCGCGGCUUUGCCUACCCCAGUGAACUGAGGACCCACGAAAACAAACAUGAGAAUGGUCAGUGUCAUGUCUGCACCCAAUGUGGUCUGGAGUUCCCAACCUAUGCCCACCUGAAGCGCCACCUGACCAGUCACCAGGGCCCAACCACGUACCAGUGCACGGAGUGCCACAAGUCCUUCGCUUACCGCAGCCAGCUGCAGAACCACUUGAUGAAGCACCAGAACGUGCGGCCCUAUGUCUGCCCUGAGUGUGGCAUGGAGUUUGUCCAGAUCCACCAUCUUCGACAACACGCUCUCACUCACAAGGUACUGGCAGCGCAAGCCCUCGCACUUAAGGGUAUGAAAGAAUUCAAGUGUGACGUUUGUGCCAGAGAGUUCACCCUGUCUGCCAACCUGAAGAGACACAUGUUGAUCCAUGCCAGCGUGAGGCCAUUCCAGUGCCACGUCUGCUUCAAGACCUUUGUCCAGAAGCAGACCCUUAAAACGCACAUGAUUGUUCAUCUGCCAGUCAAGCCUUUUAAAUGCAAGGUGUGUGGAAAGUCUUUCAACAGAAUGUACAACCUCCUCGGCCACAUGCAUCUCCAUGCCGGCAGCAAGCCCUUCAAGUGCCCUUACUGCACCAGCAAGUUCAACCUGAAGGGCAACCUCAGCCGACACAUGAAGGUCAAACACGGCAUCAUGGACACCUCAAUAGACGGACAAGAACCCCCCCAAGACACAGAAGGCCAGGAGGACUAUGAAGAGGAGAGCUUUGAAUUCAGCGAACGGGAAAACCGGGCUAACAACAACAACACACCAGACAUUGCUAAACUAUCUCAAAUGGAGUAUUACAGCACCUAUGGGAAGGGUGCAGGGCGCUUCAGCACUGCAUGAAUUAUUAAAAUCCCCACAAAUUGAAUAUAAACGAGAACUAUUGAAAACGGGAUUUUUUUGUUUUUUGGUGUUAAAGGUAUAGUGCCUGGGUUGUUCUUCAGUGGCAAGAAGAAGCCCAGCAAACUGCACAUUCAUAUGCACUGGAAUCACUCAUAAUGCUACAACAUUUGGAAAUGUAUACUUUUUACCUAAUUAAAUAUUUUUCAUCUCUAAAAUAUUGCAAAUCUACUGAGCAAAAUAUAUUAUAUUAGAGAAAAGUGGACUAUCUAAAAUAGGAGCAUUUAGGUUUAAAAAAAACUAUAUAAAUACAUUUAUGUUGUCAGUGGCUUAAAAACAAGAACAUCAUCGGAACCUCUUUUGAAAAGCAGACUUUUAGCUACAAGCAUUAAAGCAUAUGGUGACGCUAUACUGCACUUACUCAUUUAGACAAUCCCGGUCUCUCUCAAACAAAGUGAAGCAUUAAAGAAGGGAAUAAGUGUUAUUGCUCAUUUCACUUGCCAAAACUUAUCAAGUUGCAGAGGUUAAUGACUCAUUUUCAUUUACACUGUGAUUAAUUAAAUUUGAAGUCUGCAAAAUGACUUAAAUUCCUUUGGAUUUGCAAUCCGUGUUUUAUUGUAUAUUGUUGUACAGAAUGUAUCAGUCCUCUUGUAUGCUGGCUGGUACUGCAAUCAGUGCGUUGCACUGAAGACCACUGUGUCUACUUUUUAGGUUUUUGCAUUAACAAGCAUCGCCCUGCAUUGAUCUCUAGUCUAUGAAUGUAAUUGUUUCUGUGGAAUGUCUUACAACACUAAUAUUAAAAAAAAUAAUAAUUAAAGUACCCGCUUUAAUGGUAGGACCCCUUUACCAAAGAAUUGGAUCAAAUCAUGCAGCUGCUGGCACUGUCAGUCUUUUUUUAUUCUUGCUGUUGUGUUGGGACAUUAGAUUUCUUGCAGUCUGAUCACAGACCUCAUGAAAUUACAUUCAGGUUCCCCUGCCACCCAUCUGUAGAUCUCUUCAAAAGAUUACCACAGAGAACAGACUGUGGUACAGCUUCCCUUUCAACAAACCUCACAAUUUUCCUCCAUCAGACCUUCACAA